AUGACACAGCUUUCUAAUUCAGUGGCCCCUUUCUUACCCACUCUUAUUUCUAUUUCUCCCCUUUCAAGCUCCUUGUUUGGUGGACUGGAUGCAUCUUUUGUUAAACUUUCUUUCUCCUUACAAAAACUCUUUCUUUCUUUUCUCUAUUCAAUCUCUCUCUCUCUCUCUCUCUCUCUCUCACACACACACACUGUAAAACACAUUAUCACAGUUAUUUUUUCUUUUCUCCCCCCCCCUAGCAUUCGGGGGGUGGGGGGUGUCGUGCUUCCAGUUUUCCUCCCUUCCUUUAGUAUUUGGUGUCCUGUCAUCACAUCUGUCACCCUGCCUGUUGUUCAGCCCUCUCAGAUUGAUUACUCUCCACCCAUUUUUAUUCAUGUGUCAAUAGAUCAGUGCAGGGAGAGAACAUUGCUACAAGAAGACAGGCCCUUUUUCAAACCCCCCUACCUUUCUUCUUUUAAACAACCUCUCCUUUCACUGCUAGCACUAACUCACAUCUCAGCUUUCCUUCUAUAA